UCCCUAUACAUCCCUGUACUCACCAUGUCCGCCAACCAAGUCACCCAGCAGCUCGACGACCUCGACAUCGCCUCCACCGUCACCACCCCUGCCGUCACCCGCCCCUCCUCCCCCGCUCCCCCCAGCCUGCCCCGCUCUCCCCUCCCCAGCGGCAAGCACAAGAUCGCCAUCAUCGGCUCUGGCUCCUGGGGAACCGCCCUCGCCAAGAUUGCUGCCGAGAAUGCCUGGAAACGCAAGGACGACUUCCACUCCGAAGUCCGCAUGUGGGUCCGUGAAAAGAUUGUCGACGGCAAGCCCCUCACCCAGGUCAUCAACCGAACCCACCUCAACUCGCGAUACCUCCCCGACGUCCCUCUUCCCCGCAACCUCGUCGCCGUGCCUCACUUGAAGGAUGUCGUCAAGGAUGCCACCCUCAUCGUCUUUGUCGUCCCCCACCAGUUCCUCCACACUGUGCUCAACGAGCUCUCCAGGCCCGGUAUCCUCACCCCCGGCGCCAUGGCCGUCAGCGCCAUCAAGGGUGUCGAGGUCAACGGUACCGACAUCCAGACCUUUGCCAGCUUGAUCACUGCCAAGGUCGGCCUCCCCUGCUCUGCCUUGAGCGGUGCCAACAUUGCUCUUGAAGUUGCCUUGGGCCAAUUCUGUGAAACCACCAUCGGAUGCCCUACCCACGAAGAGGUCUUGCUCUGGCACGCCGUCUUCAACGCCCCUACUUUCCGAGUGGCCGCCGUUGAAGAUGUCAGCGGUGUCUCGCUUGCUGGUGCGCUCAAAAACAUUGUCGCCCUGGCUGCGGGUAUCGUCGACGGUCUCGGCUAUGGCGGCAACACCAAGGCUGCCAUUAUGCGAAUCGGUCUGAAGGAGAUGACCGAGUUUUGUUUGGAAUUCUUUGAGGGUUCCAAGCGAGAGACCUUCUCCAACGAGUCUGCCGGUGUCGCCGACCUUACCGUCACCUGCUACUCUGGCCGAAACCGCAAGUGUGCCGAAGAGUUUGCCAAGACUGGCGCUCCCUUUGACUACAUCGAGAAGAAGCUCCUCAACGGCCAAAAGCUCCAGGGUACCGCCACCGCCGAGGAAGUCAACGCCUUCCUCGUCGCCCGAAAGCGUGCGCACGCCUACCCCUUGUUUGAAAAGGUCUACAAGAUUGCCUUUGAGGGCAUGCCCCCCAAGAACCUCGUCGUGGGUCUCUAAGAUGGCUGCGUGUGAAGAGUUGGAAAAAGUUGGAGAAUCACUGUGUAGCCAUUUUAUCUCCCACCCGGUUCAACGGGACGUGCAGCCAUUAGACAAUCGAAUAGAGUUUCCAUAGAUCCACCCCCCAAUAAAUACAAAAAACAUUUUCCCCCUCAUUGUCAAGCACAAACGUCCUCUUUACGUAGCAUUUUUUCUUUUCCCUUGUCGAAUUAUCCAUAGCAAGUGCGGUACGACCACUGGAAUGCGACUCUUUUCAUCAUGCCAACGGAUGACACGCGUGGUGCGCUUGCGGCUACAUGGUCCGGUGACUUUUGUAAUGGAGGAUGAUUUGAUUAGCCUGAAAUGGAUCUGAUUAGAUUUUUUGGUG